AGACUGAGCCUAUGAGUGAGCCACAAUGGCGGACUGGAACUUAUUGGGCAAGCUUCUGGAGAGUGCCCAGGAGCACUCCACUGUAGUGGGCAAGGUCUGGCUGACCGUGCUCUUCAUCUUCAGGAUCCUGGUGCUUGGAGCUGCAGCUGAGAAAGUGUGGGGUGAUGAGCAGUCUGGCUUCACCUGUGACACCAAGCAGCCUGGUUGUCAGAAUGUCUGCUAUGACAAGACUUUCCCCAUCUCUCAUAUCCGCUUCUGGGUGCUGCAGAUCAUCUUCGUGUCCACGCCCACUCUCAUCUACCUGGGCCACAUCCUGCACCUGGUGCGCAUGGAGGAGAAACAGAAGCAGAAGGAGAAAGACUUGGCUGAGCAACUGGCCAUCCACAAUGACAAGCAGCAGCUGCUGCCUGACGCCAAACCCAAGAAGCCCCCCGUCCGGGACGACCUGGGCCGCGUCCGCCUGCAGGGGGUCCUGCUGCGCACAUACGUCUUCAACAUCAUCUUCAAAACCCUGUUCGAGGUGGGAUUUAUCAUAGCUCAGUACCUGCUCUAUGGGUUUGAGCUGAAACCUCUGUACACCUGUAACCGCUCACCCUGUCCCAACGUGGUGAACUGCUACAUCUCCAGGCCCACAGAGAAGACGAUCUUCAUCCUCUUCAUGUUGGCAGUGGCAUGCAUAUCUCUGGUGCUGAACAUAGUGGAGAUGUAUCACCUGGGGUUCACCAAGUGCCGCCGGUACAGACACGUCCAGACCCCAUGUGAGACAGGGUCCAAGGCCCCCAGCGAGGCAGUGGUGCCUUCUGUCCCAAACUAUAACUACUUCCCUAGGCACCAUCCAGCCCCUGAGCCCUACCAUGCAGACCAGUACAUCAUGAAUGAGCCUGACUCUGCCUACCACCCCUACAACAGCAAAGUGGCUUACAAGCAGAACAGAGAUAACCUGGCCGUAGAGAUGAACAGUAAACCAGAAGGGGGCGACACCACUGAAAGGAAAGGCUCCAGUUCUGCUCCAGAGUCGCCUUCAGAGAAGCAACGGCGACCCAGUCGAUCCAGCAAGCACAGCAAUAGUAAGACCAGACUAGACGAUCUGAAGAUCUGAGGGACAGUUAUGGCGCAUUUCCACCACUGGGUUUUAUACAGGUGCU